CUGAGUUCCAUCCCCAGUAUUGCAAAUAACAAAGCCCACCAGGUAAUCCGCAUGCCUUUUGGACUAGGGAUGCACCCAGGAGACACUUUCCUAACUGGGCCCCUCAUCAUCACUAAGCAAAUUAAGCCAUCUCAGGGUCUAGAAGACCAGCCUGACAUUUAAUCAGCUUUGCUUCUGGCUCUGCACACGAGGAGCCCAGUGGGAGUUGGGAAAGGAUGCUGCAGGGAUGUGGAAUCGACCUGAAAACGCAACAGGAAGGUGCCAUGGAGAUGGAGAACACGGCGGCCUCCACCCGGUUCCACCAGCCUCACAUGGAGAGGAAGAUGAGCGCGAUGACCUGUGAGAUCUUCAACGAGCUUCGACUCGAGGGCAAGCUCUGCGAUGUGGUCAUCAAAGUCAAUGGCUUGGAGUUCAAUGCCCACAAGAACAUCCUCUGUAGCUGCAGCUCCUACUUUAGGUACAACAGGGGCCCGAGCUAAGCCCAAGGGGAGUCCGCUUGAGGCUUUGUCAUCUGCUUGUCAGUUUCCCAUUUCCCAUCUUUAAUGUUGGGCUACUGAAGCUCUGGGCUCCUUGGAGCCUGGCUGCGCUGCCUUCUAAGCAAUCCCAGCUGGGGCCAGAGCCUCUCUCUGCUUCUUGAUGUGUUUUAAACUGGGCUUCAGCCAGUAUCUGGCAAGUCAGGGGCCUUUCUCUUUGAUCCUCACCUCAACCAACUUCGAGUUGGACGCCUUGUGGAUUCUGUACUUAACCUAGGUGAUAUCACUCCCAGCCCAGGCCCAGUAGAGAUCACUGAAAUCAGGAAGGUCAAUAGUAAGAAUACAGGGGAUGGGGAGGGGAUGAGGGAUGAGUAAGUACCCAGGAAAUAUUUUCAAAAGAAAAGGAGUUUGGGUUGAAAUUCUUAACUCAGGGAGUGCAUAU